AGUUUCGUACCUUAGUCAGCCGUCCCUGUUGUUUAUAGAGCUUUGUAUUUAAUAUUACUAUUUAUUAGAGCCUUCCAAGUUUUGCCAUUUUCACCUCAGCACAUACAGAGGAGAAGAAGAAGAAGAAGAAGAAGAAGAAGUAGUGAGGGAGAUGGAGAGCGGCGCCGUUUUGGCAGGGCUUCAACCAAAUUACCUUCUCUGCCCCUCCCGUCAUUCCUUUGUUCUUCUACCUCCCUUCUUCUCCACCAAAACCAAUUUCUCUGCUCUUUCGCUUAAGUUGCAGAACCAAACGCUGAGUUCUCUUGCUUCUACUCGUCAACCGCUGUCUUAUUCUAUUCGCCGCCAUGCCACAUUAUCCGAUACAUACAGCAUUCAAACAGAUGAAUUAGCGGAUAUAGACUGGGACAACCUUGGAUUUGGAUUUCAACCUACGGAUUACAUGUAUAUCAUGAAAUGUACUAAAGGUGGAAAUUUUUCAAAUGGUGAAUUACAGAGAUUUGGCAAAAUUGAAUUGAGUCCCUCUGCUGGAAUUUUAAACUACGGGCAGGGUCUAUUUGAAGGUCUGAAAGCCUACAGGAAGGAAGAUGGUAAUAUACUGUUGUUUCGUCCUGAGGAAAAUGCAUUACGGAUGAGGUUGGGUGCAGAACGCAUGUGCAUGCCAUCACCAACUGUUGAACAAUUUGUAGAAGCUGUAAAGGCUACUGUCUUAGCAAACAAACGUUGGGUGCCUCCUUUUGGUAAAGGUUCCUUGUAUAUCAGGCCAUUGUUAAUGGGAAGUGGAGCAGUUCUUGGUCUGGCACCUGCUCCUGAGUACACAUUUCUGAUUUAUGUUUCGCCUGUUGGAAACUAUUUUAAGGAAGGUUUAGCACCAAUAAAUCUAAUUGUUGAGCAUGAAUUGCAUCGUGCAACUCCUGGUGGUACUGGAGGUGUAAAGACUAUCGGAAAUUAUGCUGCAGUUUUAAAGGCACAAUCUGCUGCAAAAGCACUAGGCUAUUCAGAUGUUCUGUACCUUGAUUGUGUACACAAAAAAUAUCUGGAGGAGGUUUCAUCUUGUAACAUUUUUGUUGUGAAGGAUAACAUUAUCUCUACUCCUGCAAUAAAAGGGACAAUAUUACCUGGUAUUACUCGGAAGAGUAUCAUUGAUGUUGCUCGUAGUCAAGGAUUCCAGGUUGAGGAGCGCCAGGUGACUGUGGAUGAACUACUUGAAGCAGAUGAAGUUUUUUGUACAGGGACAGCCGUGGUUUUAUCACCUGUUGGCAGCAUUACUUAUCGUGGUAAAAGGGUGUCCUAUGGAAAUGAUGGUAUUGGCGUUGUUUCUCAACAGCUAUAUUCUGGGCUUACCAGAUUGCAAAUGGGCAUCACAGAGGACACAAUGAAUUGGACUCUUGAACUGAGGUAGGUAUUCAGAGGAGGAAAUUCGAGUUUGUACCGUGAGAUCUAUCCAUCCUCCCACUGCUACGAAUUUAUUUAGUUUGGUUUCAGAGAUUUGUAGAUAAUUCUUAAACAUGUAUUUCAUAUUUGACGUUAAAAAUGUUGAGUGUGCUGUUAAGUUAUUGCAACACAAUGGUCUAAAAAAUAUUGCACCGGUCACUGCCUAUGGAUAAUUGGUUGACAAUCUAAAUGGUUGACAGGAUCUGUUAAUGUAACACUAUCCUUUAGGCCA